AUGUUCAUCGGAGGCCUUAACUGGGAAACCACGGACCAAUCCCUUAGAGACUAUUUCUCGCAAUUUGGCGAAGUGGUAGAGUGCACAGUCAUGAGAGACGGCGCAACGGGCCGCUCUCGUGGCUUUGGGUUCCUCACCUUCAAGGACCCCAAGACCGUGAAUAUUGUUAUGGUCAAGGAGCACUACCUUGACGGCAAGAUUAUCGAUCCGAAGCGAGCCAUCCCCCGCGAUGAGCAGGAAAAGACCUCCAAGAUCUUUGUUGGUGGUGUCAGCCAGGAGACGACCGACCACGAGUUCCGCGAGUACUUUGCGCAGUUUGGCCGCGUCGUCGAUGCGACUCUCAUGAUGGACAAGGACACCGGCCGUCCACGCGGGUUCGGAUUUGUCACGUUUGAGAGCGAAGCCGGCGUCGAGGCGUGCCUGCAAGCCAAUCUGGAGAUUCACGGCAAACCAAUCGAGGUCAAGAAGGCCCAGCCGCGGGGGAAUCUCCGUGAGGAGGAAGAUGCAGCGAGACGCGGAGGCAAGUUCGGGCGCAAGGGACAGGGCCCUGGCGGAAGCGGUAUGGAUGACGCCUCGGGCAACCAGGGAGCCAUGGCGGGUAUGGCGGGCAUGGGUGGCGGCAUGGCAGGCAUGACGCCUCAAGUCAUGGCGCAGUACCUGCAGCGCAUGCAGCAAGCGUUCGCCUUGAUGCAGCAGCAGAUGCGGAUGAACAUGAACCCAGCCAUGAACCCGUACAUGAUGCAGAUGCAACAAAUGCAGCAGAUGCAGCAGAUGAUGGCUGCCCAGCAGGGGCGCGGCGGACCCGGCGCAGGCAACCCCAUGGCUGCUGGUGGCAUGCCCAAUCUGAACCCGGCCCUAAUGCAGCAGAUGAUGAACCAACAAGGAGGCGGCGGCGCCGCAGGCGGCAUGGGCAACAUGGGCAACAUGAGCCCCGGCGGGACUCAGCAAGGUCCUGGCGGUAAUGGGGCCAACCGGCCCGGCUACAACGCCUUUGAACAGCAGCAGUAUGAGCAGCAGAAGUAUGAUCAACAACAGGGGCAGCAGCCUCGGCGCGGCAACCGCGACAUGCAAGCCUACAACCAGGGUUACAUGGGCGGACAGGGCGGCCCGACCAGCUGGGAGGGCAUGUAUGAUGACGUUCCGCAGCCAAUCAUGAACCAGGCCGGCGGCGGUGGCUUCGGGGGUGGCGGCGGUGGAAGCGGAAGGGGUGGUUAUCACAAGGGCCGAGGCGGUCAUCACCAGCAGCAGCAGAUGUCGACGCCGCAGAGCCCCAUGGAUCCGAACCAUGCACCCCCUCCGAACGCACCCACUGGCCCGAAGAAUGCCGGCAAACCAGGUGCGAACUAUCGCGGUGGCGGACGCAGCGGGAAUAGGGGCUUCCACCCUUAUGCCAGGAGUUAG